GGCUCGCUGUGCGACCACCUCAAGCGCUCCACGCUGUCGUGGCACGAGCUCUGCCACGUGGGCGAGACGUUGGCACGCGGCCUCGCCCACCUCCACCGUCACGUGCACGGAGGCAAGCCGGCCAUCGCCCACCGCGACUUGAAGAGUAAGAACGUGCUGCUGAGGAGCGACCUGUCGGCCGUCGUCGCCGACUUUGGCCUGGCGCUCAAACUCCAGCCGGAUUGCCCGCCCGGUUGCACCCCGCCGCAGGUCGGCACUCUCCGCUACAUGGCCCCCGAGCUGCUGGAGGGCGCCAUCUGCUUGCAGUCCGACGCCUUCCUUCACAUCGACGUCUACGCGCUGGGCCUGGUGCUGUGGGAGAUCGCUACGCGCUGCACGUCCAGUGGCGGCAUGCUGGGUGAGCACCGCGCUCCCUUGGUGGACGAGGUGGGUGAGCGCCCCACGCUGGAUGAGCUCCGGCACUUCGUGGUGGACGGCAAUGGCCGCCCAGCGAUCCGGGAGGCCUGGCUCAAGCACCCGGGACUGUCCCAGCUGUGUGUCACCAUGGAGGAGUGCUGGGACCAGGAUGCGGAGGCUCGCCUCUCGGCGCACUGCGUGGAGGAGCGUCUGGCGCAGCUGCGGACCGACCCGGGGCUGCCUGGUGGCAGCGGUGGUGGUGGUGGUGGCAGCGGUGGCACCACAGCCGCCCCUCCACCCACCACCACCGUCACCGCCACGCCCCUCCGCUCCGACCCCAUCGUCCUUCUCUCCAACGCGACACCCCCGUCACUCGUCGUCGCCCCCAUCGAGGAGUCAAGCCUCUAG